UGGCCUCGCCUGACGGGGUCUGAGACGAGACCUCCAAAGCAGUUCUUCUUCAGUAGCUCGCAGCAAAAGAAAUGGCGGAGAAGAGAGAGAAGAAUGGCGAUGGCUACAAUCCGAUCGCAAUGCUGAACCAGUUUGUGGCGGAACCGUCCUACUUCUUCCACUUCCUCGCAUUCUUCUCUUACAUCCCGAUUCGCUUUUCCGUUUCAUCACAAACUUCCGAUUUCCUUGUCCUACGAGAGGUGCAAGCCGUUAUCACUCUCCUUUGUUUGGGAUCCAUCAAGAUGGUGAAAGAAGAAACAUGGGAAGGAUUCAUUUCACAUAUUCUAUUUUUUGGAAAGAUUCUCUUGGUUCUGCUUUCUAUGUUACUGGAUUACCGCUUUGCCUUGUGGUAUGUACUGAUUUUUCUAGUCAUAUAUAUUUUAACGGAACAACCCGCUUACCAAGGACCAGGUUUUGCAAAUCAGUUAACACCUUUGCAAUUGGAAUGCUUGUUGACUGAAGGGAAUACUUCAAGAUUUUGGCUGGUGGAGUUUCGCUCAAUGUCUUUAGCUGCUUGUGUUCAUAACAGCCGGAUCUUUCCUGAAUUAUCAAUCACAUACUCAAACAACAACUUAUCAUUUGGGAUAGUUGAUCUUGGUCUCUUCCCAAAUGCUGCAGAGAAAUUUAACAUCUCUUUAGGAAGUGGUAACCAUCUGCCAACAUAUAUACUGUUUGCGAGUGGAGUAGAGGUAAAUCGCUUUCCAGAAGUGGACUUUGAAGCAAAAGGCUCUAAAGCUCAGAUAUCAAAGAGAAAUCUUUGUAGGCAUUUUGAACUUGAUCUCCACCUUAUCCGUUAUGUGAACAGUAAAUAGGUAAAAGAGCACAUAUUGUAUGGAUUUUUCUUGUGUCGGUUGAUCGGGGAUUGAUGAUGUUGUCAAACUUUAGUGAAUAUAAAACCGUAGAAAUUUCAUGCAUUUUUUCUGUUGUAACCCAAA